ACUUUGACUAUGUACUUUCAACAGUACUGGAGAGAUAAGAGGCUGGCUUACGCUGGCAUACCUCUCAACCUCACGCUUGACAACCGAGUGGCAGAUCAGCUCUGGGUGCCUGACACUUACUUCUUAAAUGACAAGAAAUCAUUUGUGCAUGGCGUUACUGUGAAGAAUCGAAUGAUUCGCCUUCACCCGGAUGGAACAGUGCUUUACGGCCUCAGAAUCACAACCACUGCAGCUUGUAUGAUGGACUUGAGAAGAUACCCAUUAGAUGAACAAAACUGUACUCUGGAAAUAGAAAGCUAUGGCUACACAACCGAUGACAUAGAGUUCUACUGGAGAGGUGGAGAUAACGCAGUCACUGGUGUGGAGAGGAUUGAGCUUCCUCAGUUCUCCAUCGUGGAAUAUAGACUGGUGUCAAAGAAUGUUGUCUUUGCCACAGGUGCCUAUCCAAGACUCUCACUGAGCUUCAGGUUGAAGAGAAAUAUUGGAUACUUUAUUCUUCAAACCUACAUGCCCUCCAUACUGAUUACCAUUUUAUCAUGGGUGUCAUUCUGGAUCAAUUAUGAUGCAUCAGCAGCAAGAGUUGCCCUUGGAAUUACGACUGUGCUGACUAUGACAACAAUCAACACCCAUCUGCGAGAGACUUUGCCUAAAAUUCCAUAUGUUAAAGCCAUUGACAUGUAUCUUAUGGGCUGCUUUGUAUUUGUCUUCUUGGCCUUACUUGAAUACGCCUUUGUCAACUACAUUUUCUUUGGAAAAGGCCCUCAAAGACAGAAGAAACUUGCAGAAAAAACGGCAAAGGCAAACAACGAUCGGUCAAAGUUUGAAGGCAACCGGGUGGACACCCAUGGAAACAUUCUGCUAACAUCGCUUGAAAUUCACAAUGAGGUGGCAAGCAACGAGGUCACCACCAGCGUUACGGAUGCCCGAAAUUCAACGAUAUCCUUUGACAACUCAGGAAUCCAGUACAGAAAACAAAGCUCACAUCGUGAAAGCCUUGGAAGGCGUUCGUCAGAAAGAACAGGCUCCCACAGCAGGAGAAGCCAUUUACGAAGAAGGUCUUCGCAACUGAAAAUAAAAAUCCCUGAUCUAACAGAUGUGAAUGCCAUCGACAGAUGGUCAAGAAUGGUGUUCCCAUUCACUUUUUCUCUUUUCAACUUAAUUUACUGGCUAUACUAUGUUAACUGAGUGACUGAACUUUUUUAAAGGACUUCAAUUAUAACAAGUGAAGUACUACUUGCCUGCAGAGUUUGUAUAUAUAUUUAUAUAUAAAAAUAUAUAU